UAUGACAAUCUAAAACUGAGGCUAAGGAAUCGAAGGAAGAGGAGAGGACGAGGAUUGUGAAUCGAUAUCGAGGACUGGAAUCGCAGCUAGAGUCAAGAUGUCCCAAUGGUGUUCCAUCAGUGUGAUGAAGGCCGUGCUCUGCGUCGGCUGCACGGAGGUGGACUACGUGACCACCAUUGAGAAGGUGGAUUUCCAGAGCGAUCGAUCCCGCACCCAAAACGGAACCCUUCACCGCAGCGGAAGAUCCUCGAACGUGAGCACGGCCCUCCGACUUUUGGGCGCCAAUGUGGAGUUGUUCGGCGUGCUGUCUCGGAAUCCCACUUACCGUAUGAUUUUGGAUGAUCUGGAAAGGCGUGGAAUUGACAUUAGUCAUUGUACCUUCACGGACGAGAGUCCUCCGUUCUCUACGAUCGUCCAGGAGCGAUGGACUCGACGCUGCACUGUGAUCUACUGCGACAAGGCGUUUCCGUAUGUCACGGCUGCCGAUUUCCGGAAACUGGAUCUCGAUCAGUACGGUUGGGUGAACUUCGAGGCACGUAGUCCACGGGAAACCUGCGAUAUGAUUCGCCUGAUCCUCGAUCAUAAUAACGGCAAAGAGGAAAUAGAUCGCAUUGUGGUCUCGCUGCAGAUCUUUAAUGAUUUCGCAGAGGUCAUCGAUUUGAUUGGCAUGUGCGACUACGUGUUCAUCACCAAGUAUAUAGCCGAAACCAGAGGUUGGAAUUCGCCGAAGGAAGCCUGCGAGGGAAUCAACCAACUGCUGCGAAUGCCAAGGGACAUCAGGAUCCGGAGGCCUUGUGUGAUUGUGCCGUGGAGUAGUUUGGGUGCGGGUUGCAUGACCACCGAAGGACACUAUUUCGAACUGCCCGCUUAUAAGACCAAGAAGAUCGUGGAUCGUGUAGGCGAUAGUGAUUGUUUUACAGCCGCCUUUAUUUAUGCCGCUUUUGUGCGGCAAAGACGAUUGGCCGAUGCCGUGGACUUUGCGAAUGCGGUGGCCAGCUUUAAGUUGGCCUAUGUCGGAUUCGAUUGUCUUGGUCAUUUGCGCAUCGACUCGGUCAAGCUGCCUGUUAAAAUGAAGGUUGGCAGUGAGGUGUCCUCCGACGACGAGGAUAAUGGCGAUCAGCAAAACAGCUGCAAGAAGCACCUGCUCCGACCGUUUGAGUUUCCGGAUGUGGACAGGACCGACUCCAUUGCCACCAUCGAACCGGAGGUGGAAGAAGCUCCUCAGGAGCGUGUAUCCACCACCUAGGAAUGUGGAAAUUGCCAUUUGCUGUUCAGUAAACAUUUGAAGUAAUUUACAAAAUUUAAAUGUGUUUAAUUGCAUUAUUUUUCUAUACCAUUUACUGUCCAGUAAACAUAUAAAGUUAUAUACAAAAUUUAA